UUUAACUUGGAUUUUUUUUUAUAUCCUUCUCGAAAAUAAUAGUAGUAUAGUAAACAGUGAAAUAGAAAUAUGUUAUUCCGUGUGCGUUGAGCUUAUGCUCUGCACGCAAAUACGAAGUAUUUUUUGAUCCCUUGUGCCAGACGAUCGCCAAUGACAACGUGUUAUCGUUUCAGGAUUUUUCCAAGAGUCUUCACAUUUCCGCAAACUCAAAGAAAGGUGAAAAUCUCUGCGGUGCGACGGAUAUUUUGUUCUGCAGCAUCACGUACAGCUGCAGUCUUCCCUGUUUCCAUGUUAAAGCGUAUCGCCGUGUCACCGCACACUGAGAUGGAGCCUCAGCUCUACAGAGCCCCUCCAGGGGUCCGGGGCAUGACCAGCCUAGAUCGAGAAGCCUUCGCCCGGGCAAUUGUUGUUCCGGCGUUACGUGUACCAAAAGCAGUUUUAUACAAAGCAUUGAAAAGCCUGAAGAAGUCAACCAUCCAACGUCCGGGUAUGCCAAGAGUAGUACAGGACGAAGAGAGCGGCAACGAUACAGAUGACUUUCGUUUGGUGCUGUUGGACCCUAAUAGAGUGUCUUCGCCAAGUUCCUUCAGUGAAGCCGAGGCAGAGGCCCUGCUAUCAUUGGAUAUUCCUCAAAACAUCCAGUACUAUGAGCUACGCCUGACCUAUGACAACCUGAAGCCCGAGGAGGUUCUCGGAGCUGUGCUGCCUGAGGGCCAAGACGUUACCUCAGGGUUCAGUCGGGUGGGGCAUAUUGUACACAUGAACCUACGGGACCACCAGCUCCCCUACAAAAACCUUAUAGGCCAAGUCAUAAUGGACAAAAAUCCUGGUGUGACAUGUGUGGUCAAUAAGACGAGCAUCAUCGACUCAACUUACCGCAACUUUAAGAUGGAAACGAUCGCUGGAGAGGAGAAUAUGGUGGCUAAAGUGAAAGAGAAUGGGGUGACCUACGAGUUUGAUUUCUCUCGUGUUUACUGGAACCCCAGGCUGAGCACAGAACACCAGCGUGUAGUACAACUUUUCAAACAUGGUGACACCGCAUUUGAUGUGUUCGCUGGUGUGGGACCCUUUGCUAUCCCAGCUGCCCGCUGUGGUGUAAAUGUUCUGGCCAAUGAUCUCAACCCAGAGUCCUACCGUUGGUUACAGCACAACGGCAAACUGAACAAGGUGGACAGCAAAGUCCGAACCUUUAAUUUGGAUGGCAGAGCCUUCAUCCAGGGACCUAUAAGGCAGGAGCUGCCUGCCUUGCUUAAGGGAAAAGCAGGUGUUCAUGUGGUUAUGAACCUGCCUGCCUUGGCUCUAGAGUUCCUUGAUGCUUUCCGAGGCCUCCUGGACCAGGAGCUCUCCUGUGACAAGAACCUGCCCAUUGUGCACUGUUACGGGUUCUCUAAAGAUGACAACCCACAGAAGGACAUGGUUGAAAGGGCCUCCAGCAGCCUUGGCUUCCCUCUGGAGGGGCGAUGCUCUGUGCAUUUUGUGCGUAAUGUGGCACCAAACAAGAACAUGAUGUGUGUGAGAUUCACACUUCCCAAAGAGAUAUUGUUCCACAGUGAGACUGAACAGACAGAGCCUUCAGAGGAACCAGCCCUAAAGAGACAGAAGUGUGAAGUGACAACUGAAUAGUUCUUAUCACAUCCUUAUGGUAUCAAGACGAAUACCAAUGCCUUUGAGCUGGACUUUUUUUUUUUUACAAACUU